UCGGGUAUGACUUCUUCUACUACACCACGACCCCUCUCUACGCUUGAGAGUUUUCUUUGCGGCGGACUGGCAGGAUGCAUGGCCGUCACUGUCAGCAAUCCGGCAGAAGUAGCCAAGACGCGUUUGCAACUCCAAGGUAGCUGGUCAAAGGUGGAAAAAAAGAGAGUCUAUAAGGAUGCUUUGGAUGUUCUGGCAAAAACUUGGAGAAACGAGGGCAUGCGGGGAUUGCAAAGAGGACUCGGACCCGCGGUAUGUAAAUAUACACUUUUGAAUGGAUCACGUCUAGGGUUCUAUGAGCCUUUCCGACGAGCUAUCAACCGCUCAAUAGGUAGAUCUGGCACCGACCAAAUACCAUGGACUUCUGUUGUAGCUGGUGCCGCAAGUGGUAUGAUAGGAGCUUCGCUCGGGAACCCACUCUUCUUGAUAAAAGCACGAAUGCAGGCAUACUCUCCUAUAUUGCCAGUUGGCGCACAACAUUACUACAAGAGCUCGUUUGACGCAUUCGCCACAAUCUUUAGGACAGAAAAAAUUUGGGGUCUAAUACGUGGCUUGGAUGCAGCCAUUCUGCGGACAGCUAUGGGAUCUUCAGUUCAGCUUCCUACGUACAAAUGGACUAAACACCAACUUGACUCACAUGGAUUACUUCCUUCAAACAGCAUAUUGACUUACCUUGCUAGUUCCUCCGUGUCUGGAGUUUGCGUGUGCAUUGUUAUGCAGCCUACUGAUACGGCCCUUACCCGAAUAUACAACCAACCAACAAUACGCACCCCUGAUGGUCGUUUAGUAGGGACACUGUAUAGGAAUCCCAUCGACUGUCUCUGGAAGACAUUCAAGACCGAGGGCGUGCUCGGGUGGUACAAGGGUUCAACUGCACAGUUUCUUCGUGUUGCACCCCAUACCAUUAUUACCCUCACUGUGAACGAUAUCAUCUUGGCUCUGUAUAAAGAGAUCCGUAAUCGUAGAUCAUGACCUCAACCUGUCUUUGGCCUCUUCAUACUAAACGAAAACCUACAUGUGACUGGGCAUGCCAUAUGGAAUAUGGCCAGAAGACUCGUGGUAUGUAGAACGUAGAAUCGUUCGCACAAUACUGGCGUAGCAUCCCGGUAUUUUAGAGCACACCAAACAUGGACCAAGACCGACUUGGUCCGCAUUUCUUGUUCUGUAUGUAGGAGACAGGAGAAAUAAGAUGAAGGCUAACAUG